AUGGGUGAACCCAAAGAUAACGGUGAUCUCGUCUCACGUCAAGCGAAACUUUCCAAAGCUCUCUCAGCCGCUUAUCUGAACCAUCAGAUCAAAGAGCUUGAAUCGAAAGUGAAUGCAGUCAAUCUCACCCCGCCUCUCUCUCGAUCCCCGAACGGCGAACCACAUCGCCCAAGGGAGAAUGGAAGGGCCGAAGAGAGAGACCCAAAUGAUGAUCUUGGUAGACCGGAUGAUCUGGAAGAUCCCGCUCAUGAUGAAUCAAAUGACGAAUGGAGGGUAGUAGUAGUUGAUGUGUCUGCUUUGAUGUGGGCUAAAAAUGCUGUAAAGAGGUUGGUCGGCAAGGGAUGGGAAUUGAUCGUUCCUCUCGAAGCCAUUCGGACACUUGAUUUACUCAAGAAAGGUUCAUCUCCCUCAGCAGUAUCCGCCCGUCAAGCCGCUCGUUACAUCGAACAUGCAACUCGAUUCCAUACACUGUUAUCUUCCGACCCUUCCAUCACCGUUCAGUCAGGGACGAACUACAAGAAAGGUCGAGGAUUGCGUAUCCAGCGUGAAGAUGAGGUCUUACCUGUAACCUCGAUGAUCGACGAGUUGGCUUUACCACCCAUGGACGGUCAAGGGAAUUUACCCAUCUGGAUCAAGAAGGUUUUCAGCUGCGUGGCGUAUUUCAAGAGAAUUAUGGAUAAGGAGUAUCAACUACUUCAAGAUGAAUAUGAACGAGGGAGAGAGGUGGAGAGAGGAUCGAUAUUGUAUGUUGGGAAUCCACCUGUCUUUGUCGAAGUGGAACAAAAUACAAUAAAUCAGCCUACCCCUACCGGCACGGGAGUGAAGGAAGAUUAUACGUCUAGAGCAGAUGGGCAUAUCGUCUUGGAAGAAGCUGCAAGAUUCGAUUUGACAUUGGAAGUUCUGAGAGAUGAUGAUCAUGAAGUCGAAGCGUCAGGAUUGACCAAAUCAUCUAGAUCAGGAAACGAUCGAAGAGAUGGUAGGAACAGGAACAGAAAUAAGGACAAGGACAAUAGUAGUAGAGAUAAAGAUGGACAGAGGAAAAAGAAGGAACAGUCUCGAGAACCUGUAAAGGAAGUUAAAAUUCUACUCAGACGUCCACCUUCUUUAUCAGGAGAUGAUAACCAUCCUUCACCUGAAAGUGGUAAAUCGACUUUACCUACACAUAGUGGUAAUGGGAAUAGUCCAGCCAUACCUGGUCCACAGCUCAAACCUAGAAUCGAACCUACACCAGGACAAAUUUCACUCAUGGCUAGACCUCCUGUACCAACUUCUCCCAGAGGGAUUGCACCUCCGCCUCGUGGCUUUAGACCCCCUCCGCCAGGUAUACUGCCUGCACCACGUCCUCUGAUGGGAAUGCGUCCUCCUCGACAUGAACCGUCCAACGGUCAUCGACUGCCUCCUACUCAAGGAAGGGACGGAGGUAGGAACAGAGGAGGUCAAAGAUCCAAGCCCAACAAUAGUAACGAAUUCACUUUGCUUCAAAGACCCGGAUCUCUCGUUCGACCGCCUCCUCCUACUCCUCCCUCGGCACCACCAGGCUCAAUGGCCAGGAUCGACGCUCCUUUACACCGAGCUGACAUGGGAAUGAGAAGUGGGCGAAUCGAAGGUGGAGUAGGGAGAGGUGGCGGUGGAAGAGAAGAACCGAAAGUGGUGCUCUUACGAAGGCCAGGAUAA